GGGAGGAGAGUGAACCAGCAGCUUGGGGGUGUGUGUGACGCGGAGCCCAUCACUGUCGGGAAGAGAAAAUCUGGAAGAGCGCUAAAACCAGGGAGCUGGGGAAUAAAGAGAGGAAAAGAGGGAAAGGAAUGAUCGAGGCGAGGCAGAAAGGAAAGGGAAAGAAAGAGCGUAGAGAGCGAGCCAAGGCAGGCGGAGCAGUGCAGGCGGCAGUGGCGCUCCGCUCCCUCCGAAACUCUGUGCCGGCUUUUGCGGGUGGCCAGCGGCGCGGGGCCCUUUGGAAAUAGAAUAGCCAAUGUAAUCUGACACUUCAACUUGCUCGGCUCCGGGCGAGUUGAUUCACUUACUCACCCCCUAACGCCGAGUUCCUUUUCACUGUCUGUGGACAUUAAAAAAGCGAGCGGCGGCGGCAGGCGCCCGGGAGAGCGAGCGGCCGGCGGGGCGAGCAACGAGCGGCCGGCGGAGCGAGCGAGCAGCGCCGGCGCAGCGCGUUGACCCCAGCCCGGGCCGGCGCGGAGCAGGAGCCGGAGUCGGAGCCGAGCGGAUCUCGGCGCCCUCGCUGCGCUCCUCCCGGCUCCAGCCGGCCCUACCCGGUGGCGGCGGCGGCGACGCGUCCUCCAGCGGUGGCGGCGGUGCUCGCAGUGCCCGGACUUGUGGCCACUAUACUCAGAUAGCAUAGAGCCUGCUCACCACGUCCUUCUACACAACCUCCUUACCUGACAUCACAGGAGCCUUGAAUUCUGGUCCACUGGCAGAAGCCUCGACAGGAGGAAGAGGAGGAGGCGGGGACUGCUGACCAAUGCUUCGAGGGGUGUGAGAGAAGCUGCCACCUGUUACUGAGCUGCAGACCUAGAAAGGAAGAUGGAGCUGGAGUGAGGCAAACGGGCUGUGAGCUGCUGACCUGAAGGGACACUGGUGACUCUUGGAUCACUGAGGCCCCAGGGAGCAAGAGGGAGCCAUGGCUAGGGGAGGCCUGCCUGUUCUUGGGAAUUCACGACAUGUCUGCCUGUCGCAAGUACCUCGAUAAGGAAGAUUUGUGGACUGGACCACGUUCAUGGCUCUCGGGUAGAACCCAGUGAAACGGCCAGAAUGAAUUCUAUGGACAGGCACAUCCAGCAGACCAAUGACCGUCUGCAGUGCAUCAAGCAGCACUUACAGAAUCCUGCUAACUUCCACAAUGCUGCCACGGAGUUGCUGGACUGGUGUGGAGACCCGAGAGCUUUCCAGCGGCCCUUCGAGCAAAGCCUCAUGGGCUGCCUGACGGUUGUCAGCCGGGUGGCUGCCCAACAGGGAUUCGACCUGGACCUCGGCUAUAGACUACUGGCCGUGUGUGCUGCAAACCGAGACAAGUUCACUCCCAAGUCUGCUGCUCUGCUGUCCUCCUGGUGUGAGGAGCUUGGCCGCCUGCUGCUACUCCGACAUCAGAAGAGCCGCCAGAACGACCCUCCUGGGAAACUCCCCAUGCAGCCCCCCCUCAACUCCAUGAGCUCCAUGAAACCCACUCUGUCGCACAGUGAUGGGUCAUUUCCCUAUGACUCUGUCCCUUGGCAGCAGAACACCAACCAGCCUCCCGGCUCCCUCUCCGUGGUCACCACGGUGUGGGGAGUGACCAACACAUCCCAGAGCCAGGUCCUUGGGAAUCCUAUGGCCAAUGCCAGCAACCCUAUGAAUCCAGGCGGUAACCCCAUGGCGUCGGGUAUGAGUACCAGCAACCCCGGCCUCAGCUCUCCGCAGUUUGCAGGACAGCAGCAGCAGUUCUCCACCAAGGCUGGCCCUGCACAGCCAUACAUCCAGCCCAACAUGUAUGGCCGACCCAGCUACCCCGGCAGCGGGGGCUUCGGGGCCAGUUACCCUGGGGGUCCUAGUGCCCCUGCAGGCAUGGGCAUCCCUCCACAUACCCGGCCUCCUGCUGAUUUCACUCAGCCAGCAGCUGCUGCUGCAGCAGCUGCAGUAGCAGCAGCAGCUGCCACGGCCACGGCCACAGCCACAGCUACAGUGGCAGCCUUGCAAGAGACGCAGAACAAGGAUAUAAACCAGUAUGGACCGGUCUGUUCCUCUUUCCAGAUGGGUCCCACCCAGGCGUAUAACAGCCAAUUCAUGAACCAGCCCGGGCCUCGGGGGCCUGCCUCCAUGGGGGGCAGCAUGAACCCCGCCAGCAUGGCAGCUGGCAUGACACCCUCGGGGAUGAGCGGCCCUCCCAUGGGCAUGAACCAGCCCCGGCCACCCGGCAUCAGCCCCUUUGGCACACACGGGCAAAGGAUGCCCCAGCAGACCUACCCAGGCCCCCGGCCCCAGUCCCUUCCUAUUCAAAGCAUAAAGAGGCCAUACCCAGGAGAGCCGAACUAUGGAAACCAGCAAUAUGGACCAAACAGCCAGUUCCCCACCCAGCCAGGCCAGUACCCCACCCCCAACCCCCCAAGGCCACUCACUUCUCCCAACUAUCCCGGGCAAAGGAUGCCAAGCCAGCCCAGCACUGGGCAGUAUCCACCCCCCACGGUCAACAUGGGGCAGUAUUACAAGCCAGAACAGUUUAACGGACAGAGCAACACAUUUUCGGGAAGCAGCUACGGCAGCUACAGCCAAGGAACUGUCAGCAGGCCUCCCAGGCCAGUUCCUGUGGCAAAUUACCCCCACUCGCCUGUUCCAGGGAACCCCACGCCCCCCAUGACUCCCGGGAGCAGCAUCCCCCCCUACCUGUCCCCCAGCCAAGAUGUCAAGCCACCUUUCCCACCUGACAUCAAGCCAAAUAUGAGUGCCCUGCCGCCACCCCCAGCCAACCACAACGACGAGCUACGACUCACAUUCCCAGUACGGGAUGGUGUGGUGCUGGAGCCCUUCCGCUUGGAGCACAACCUGGCCGUCAGCAACCACGUGUUCCACCUGCGGCCCACGGUUCACCAGACACUGAUGUGGAGAUCUGAUCUGGAGCUGCAAUUCAAAUGCUACCACCAUGAGGACCGGCAGAUGAAUACCAACUGGCCAGCCUCAGUGCAGGUCAGCGUCAAUGCUACACCCCUCACCAUUGAGCGAGGCGACAACAAGACCUCCCACAAGCCCUUGCACCUCAAGCAUGUGUGCCAGCCCGGCCGCAACACCAUCCAGAUCACUGUCACCGCCUGCUGCUGUUCCCACCUCUUCGUGCUGCAGCUGGUGCACCGGCCCUCCGUGCGCUCGGUGCUGCAGGGUCUCCUGAAGAAACGCCUGCUGCCAGCGGAGCACUGCAUCACUAAAAUCAAGCGGAAUUUCAGCAGUGUGGCUGCCUCCUCGGGCAACACAACUCUCAAUGGGGAGGAUGGUGUGGAACAGACAGCCAUCAAGGUGUCUCUGAAGUGCCCCAUCACGUUCCGGCGCAUCCAGCUGCCUGCUCGGGGCCAUGACUGCAAGCACGUCCAGUGCUUUGACCUGGAAUCAUACCUCCAGCUGAAUUGUGAGCGAGGGACCUGGAGGUGUCCUGUGUGCAAUAAAACCGCUCUGCUUGAGGGCCUGGAGGUGGAUCAGUACAUGUGGGGGAUCCUGAAUGCCAUCCAACACUCUGAGUUUGAAGAGGUCACCAUCGACCCCACGUGCAGCUGGAGGCCAGUGCCCAUCAAGUCGGACCUUCACAUCAAGGAUGACCCCGAUGGCAUUCCCUCAAAGCGGUUUAAGACCAUGAGCCCCAGCCAGAUGAUCAUGCCCAACGUCAUGGAGAUGAUUGCUGCUCUAGGCCCUGGCCCAUCUCCCUACCCACUUCCCCCUCCCCCUGGGGGCACCAAUUCCAAUGACUACAGCAACCAAGGUAACAACUACCAGGGCCAUGGCAAUUUUGACUUCCCCCAUGGGAACCCUGGAGGGACGUCCAUGAACGACUUCAUGCAUGGGCCCCCCCAACUCUCCCACCCUCCCGACAUGCCCAACAACAUGGCUGCCCUUGAGAAACCCCUCAGUCACCCCAUGCAGGAAACUAUGCCACACGCUGGCAGUUCUGACCAGCCCCAUCCCUCCAUACAACAAGGUUUGCACGUACCACACCCCAGCAGCCAGGCAGGGCCUCCAUUACAUCACAGUGGGGCUCCUCCUCCUCCUUCCCAGCCUCCCCGGCAGCCGCCACAGGCCGCUCCCAGCAACCAUCCACACAGCGACCUGACCUUUAACCCCUCCUCAGCCUUAGAGGGUCAGGCCGGAGCACAGGGAGCAUCCGACAUGCCGGAACCUUCACUGGAUCUCCUGCCAGAACUCACAAACCCUGAUGAGCUCCUCUCCUACCUGGAUCCCCCCGACCUUCCAAGCAAUAGCAACGAUGACCUCCUGUCUCUCUUUGAGAACAACUGAAGGCCACCCUCCAAUGGGGCCAUCCCUCCCCACUCUGCCUCCUACCCCAUCUGUCCCACACACUUUUCCUCCCAAGAGCCUGUGCUCAGGCCUCCCAUCGCCAGGACCACAGGCUGGGGGCCGAGCAGGGCGUACUAGGCAGGGAAGGCCAUGUUGGUCUGCAGCCCUGUCCGCCUGAAUGCCCUGGGGCCCAUGCCCAGAGCAGGCCCAAAGUGGCCCCUGGAAGAGAAGCCCCAGUGGAGGGGAUUCUAGCCCAGCAAGAGACAUGCCAAUGGCGACUGUAGGUCCCUCUGUGCGUGCAGACUCCAGACAACCGACCUUCCAGUGCAGUGCCCCCAAAUUCUAAACCAUAGCCCUGCCUCCCCACCCAGAACCUCCAUCAAGAGACUAGAGCCUGAAGAGAAGUGUCCCCCCGCCCCAAGGCCAGGGCAAGGGACACGCCUUGGAGGAGUGGUGAGAGUUUGCAGCAGUAAGGAAGGCCACCACCCCCACAGAAAAGCACAAACCUCUGGGAAGGAGACCAUCCCUCAGGGCCAAGGGUCAUGGCUUUGGCCUCCGAUCUUUAAGCCAAGAUACCCUGUUAACAGUCUCAGCAGAGCCAUGGACUAGGUGCUGUGUCUGAGAGACCUGGGGUCUGGUGGGAAAUAGAGGUCGGGGCCUCCCUAGAGCCAGGACAAUGCAUAGGAGAGCUUGACAACCUGGACUAAGACCAGGGCCCAGCCUUGUGGGAGCAGAGAAAGCACGUAAACACGUGUGUACCCCACCAAAGUGUGCCCUUCGUUGGGGACUGUGGGAAGAUGCUGGCCAGAGUCGAACAGGAGCAGCCAAGGCCUUGCACCUUUGCCUCAAGCCACUCCCUGCUUUUAAAUGACCACAGUGGAAAGCUCUGAAGUCACCUGGAGGAAAGGAACGUUGCACUUGGACAGCAAGCAAAUCAUUUCCCUCCAUGUUCCCUUUCCUUCCUCCUGCCCUGACCCUCCCUCUUCAAGACUGUUCCAUGGGACACCACUUCCCUAUGGGUCCGAAUUCUCCUUUGUCCAACCAGCUCUAGGGGUGCACAGUGGAGAGGCUGGGUAGCAUGGGCACUUGGACAGAAGCUGGGCUCUGCAGCCAUCCAGCACAUCCAUGCCUCUUCAAGCCUCAAUCUGGUCCAGGAGUUCUCCACUCAAGGCUGCCUUCCAGCCCAGACCAUUGCUGCAUGCACCAGGAUGUCUUGGCAGGCAGCUCAUGGUGUUUGUGCAACUGCGUGUUCCCCAUAUCCCUCCUUCCACCCAGAGCUUGCUCCACACUCCGGCUCACUCAGCAAGAGCAGCCUCUGGUCUUCCUCAACUGUUUCACUCCGUCCAGCUUAGUUGUCCUUCCCACACACACUCAUAGACCCCACCCUCAUUGGCUUAUUGUGCUUUUUGUCUGCUUUGUUCCAGGCUGGUCUGUGUCCCCUGAGCCUCAUGGCCUGUGGUGACACUGGGUUGUCUGGUCAUGUGGGUCCCAUCUGUAAAUUCUUUGCUCCCUUCCUUGCUGCUGCCACCCAGGGCCCUCUCCUGCCUCCUGUCCACUGUCAGUGUCCUCAGUCAUCCAUAUCCCUCUGUCCUCCCUCUCUGAUAUAGAUUGUACCAGAAAGGUGACCCCAGCUGUUGACUUACUGUCACCCCGACAGAUGGCACAAGGUUUUCUGUAGGAAAGCUGCCAUCACUUCCUCACCCCUUUCUUUUGUCUAGUUGUCGAGGUUUUUCAAACAGUGUGUUCCGUAUGCAAAUCAAUUAUUUUAAGAAUCGCUUUUGUAAAUAUCUUUGUGAAUAUUUUAGUAUUGUCUUUGAUAAUAUUCAACAUUUUCAUGACCUGGUUAUAGCCUUUGCUGGUGUUUUUAAAAUACCUUGACUCAAUGACAAAACCCGAGUCCUUUUUUUAAAAAACAACAAAAACAAAAAAAGCAACCAGGGCUAUUUGUACAGAUGAGGGAUGGACAGAAUAGGUAGCUAUGCUGGGAGUUGGGAGACCAGGCAGCCCACUGUGGAGAGCCACUCAGUCAGCUGGUAGGGACAAGACUAGCAUGUGGCUGUCCCUUCCCAGCCUGCGGCCAUGCUGUGUGUCAGACCAUCCGAAAUGCUGAGCCUCAGACUGACAGAUGCCUUUCUUUAGAAGUUCCUGCCUCCUGCCGGGAUACUGUGCCCCCAGAAUAGCCUGGGGCCCCUGCUAGUUCUUGUUAUAGCAUGCCCAGGUUCUGCCUGCUUUUCAGUGCAAAGGAUCUAGACACUCCCUGCAGCCUAGGCUCUGGGCACCUCCCCUGCCAUCUCCGCUCUUGCCUGAGACCAAUUUCCUAGCUCCUUUCCAAGCAAGCACCCACCAGCAAGUUCACCACAGAGCCUAAAGCCCAUGCUCUGGGAAUGUCCCCUUGGGAAACGGAGCUCAUCCAUGGUGUGAGGGGGACAAAGAUCUGGGGCUGGAGUCAAGCCUCGGUAGUGACAGAUGCAGGUAAAGAUGACAUCCUUAAACAGAGACAGGUCUGAGCUCUAGAAAGAUCCUUCCAGACAACUUGGAGCCAUAAGUAACCUCAGAAAAUGAGGCCUCAGCACGCCAUUUUCCUAUCACAGGCAACCUACCCAUAGGCAUAUGUCUGCCACCGCUCGGCAAGAUGGGCUAGGAGCCCAUGGGCAGAUGGGAAGGACCCUGCACAGGCGAUCACCCCCAUCUUCUUGGUUUGAAGCUUUAUCCGUGUCUCAUGUUCCCUAUAGCCAUUUUAUUUUUAAAGAAAUUCCUAGUACUUUCUCCCUAUUGAAAGCCCUAACCAACCCCACCCCCACCCCUACCCCCAAAGAGAGCUACAGGUCUGCUCCUGAAGGGCCUCAGGCCUGACCCAUCCAGACAUGGCAGUGUGAGCAGUAGUAACUCCAGGGACGUGUACAUAUGUAAAUGAGAAAUAGACAUGUCAACAGAUGCAUUCAUUUCUCUCGGAAUGUGUAUUGUUUUUAUUUUAUGAAACAAAACAAAAGGCUUGGAACUCCUCCAUCUUAUGUGGGAAAAUUAGAUCCUGUUUGUUAGCAUUUGUGAGUCCACCUUUGUCUCAUGUAAUAUACUCUGAGCCUGUGUGGAAAGGCAUUUUUGUUCUGUUUUGUUUUAUUUUACCUACACGUACUGUUUAGCUUCAGUGUACUAGUCCGGCCACCUGUGUAUUUUUAGGGUGCUAUGGAAAUAAUGAAGAGAAACGGGGAUUUCAGAAGAAAAUUGUAACCAAAUUCAUACUUUGUAUAAUUUUUGAUAUGAUCGCAGGUGAUUCACACGUACACACAUCGACACCCACAUGUGCAGCCUGAAGUGACUCCCACGGAAACCGCCAUCGUCUUUGUACAUCGUAUGUACGAUGCCAUCAUUUCAUACUUUAAACUGGUCAGAAAACUAAUUGUGAUUUCUAGUCUUGCAAAGCUGUAUGUAGUUAGAUGAUGUGACCUCUAAUAUUUAUCUAAUAAAUAUGUAUUCAGAUGAAACCUGUAUAUUAGGUGUUCAUGUGGUUAUUUUGUAUUUAAAGAUCAAAUUAUUUGACUAUUGCUAGACAUUUCUACACUCUGUAACACUGAGGUAUCGCAUUUGCUCAUGUUAAUUUUUUUCUAAAUAAAUUGACAAAAACGAAGGUU